AGAAAAAAAAAAAAAAAAAAAAAAAAGAAACCUUCGACCUUCGACGAACGUCCAUAAAGGAAACUGUCUUAGGUUCUUCUUUGUACUCACCGUACAGGUGGAUACCUUUUAUCUGAAACCCUUCACUUUCUUUCGUUUGCUGCUGCUUUGCAAUUCCCCUUCGCAGAUCUUGCAAAUUUUUUUCAGGUGUGCUUCAAUUUAUUUUAAAAAUAAUUUUUAUGUUUCUGUCUUCAUCUUCUUUUUGUCUUUGUUUAUAGCAUUUCUUUGCAUCCUUCUUCUGGUGUGUGCACGUUUUCCUUGUUACUGUUGCGAUCUUCAGCUUUCGAGUCUUUCUUCUUUCAUUUGGAGAUUGCUUAUAACAGUUAUUUGAAGUUCUGUUUAUACUAAUAAUUCAUUAUUGCAACUGGAAGUUGUAAUCAUAUUGAUUUUAUGCUUUUGUAGUUGUGUUUCUUUUCUUUAUUUGAUCAGUUGUUCAUGAUUUGCCGUUUUCACCGGUAAUCAUUUGGCAUCCGAUACUUGAACUUUCUAUCUAGAAACCCUGAUUUUUGGGAAUUGAAAGGAUAUUACUUGGGAGUUUAGAAACUCUUCUAUCACCGUAAUCUAAGACGAGCAAGUGUGCGCCUGAAUUCAAUUUGCUUGUUGAAAACCUAAAAAGUGAUCACUUGGGUUGGUGUUUGAGGAUUCUAUAGCUAUGGAGGAUUCUGUAGCUAUAGGGGAUUGUGGCUCUGUGAUUCCAGAGUUGGAAACAGAAAAAUCCUUGACUGCUGCGGCGAAACACAUUGCAAGGGCUUCCGGAUCAAAAAAGAACGUUACUGAUGAUGCCAAGAAAAUUUUGGCAGACCUGGACACUCAAUUGUUUAACACAAGCACGGUCAAUGAAAUCAAGGUUGAUACACCCGGUGAGAUUGAAGGACAACUAAAUUUUAUUCAGGAGAAGAUUAUGAGUUGGGAGACAGAUCAGUCUAUGAUGCGGGAUUCCGGUCUUGAUGAAGCUACUCAGUUUCUAAAUGCCACUGAAGAAGCCAGAAAGUUGGCUGAAAGGUUGGAGACUUUGUCUUUGAAUAAAGAUGAUGGAAAAAAGGAGCUAUUGACGAGGGCACGUGAUAUCCUUCAAAUAGCAAUGGGAAGGCUUGAGGAAGAGUUCAAGCACCACCUUGAUCAGAACAGACGAGCAUUUGAGCCAGAGCGCAUGUCUUUCUGUUUAAGUGAAGAGUGUGGUACAGAACCGGGUUCUGUGAUCUCUCUUGGAGAUGGAUCAGUUGAGCCAUUAAUUAGUAGAGAUAGCAUUAGCAGAACUUCAGAGGAAUUCAUCAUUGAUUUGGUUAAUCCAGAAGUAAUUUCUCACCUCAGAAAGAUUGCAAAUUUGAUGUUCAUUUCCGGUUAUGGUGAUGAAUGUUCCCAGGCAUAUAUCAGUGUUAGAAGAGAUGCAUUGGAUGAAUGUUUCUUUAUCCUCAAAAAGAAGGAAGUUAGCUUUGAGGAUGUGGUGAAGUUGGAGUGGGGUAGUCUGAAUUCCCAGAUCACGAAAUGGGUUCAGGCUAUGAAGAUCUUUGUGUCAGUCUAUCUUCCAAGCGAGAAAAGGCUCACUCAACUGAUUUUUGGAGAGCAUGAUUUUUUUGUUAGAACUAACGGUGGUGAGAUUCUAUGGAGAUUAAGAGACUCUGUAAUGGAAGCAUAUCUUGAUUUUGAGAACGCCAUUGAGACAGGUGUGCCGCCACAUCCUUGUGCCGGAGGAGGAAUUCAUGAUCUCACUAGGUAUGUUAUGAAUUAUAUCAACACUCUGAAUGACUAUCAUGAGACCCUCAAUUUUCUACUUAAGGGUCUUGACGGAGAGGAUCCCAUUUCAUUGUCCCCUGUCCCAAGUGGAAUUACAUAUGAUGCUUCCCCUAUGGCUCUCCACUGCCGAUCUGUUGCUUCAAUUCUAGAAUGCAACCUCGAUGACACGGCCAAGUUAUACAGGGAUCCUUCCUUGCAGCAUAUCUUCUUGAUGAACAACAUACAUUACAUGGCUCAAGAGCUUGACAAUUUGAAACUUAUGCAUUUAUUUGCUGAUGACUGGAUACGAAAGCUCAACUGGAAAGUCCAACAGCGUCUGAUGAGCUACGAGAGAACUACUUGGGUUUCAGUGUUGUCUUUGUUGAUGGUUGUGGGACCUUCUUAUUCUGUCUCAAAAAACCUUAUCAAGGAGAAGCUUCGGAGGUUUCAUCUUGCUUUUGAGGAGGUUUACAGGACUCAAACAGCAUGGCUCAUCCCUGAUGCUGCGCUUCGAGAAGAUUUGCAUAUUUCAAUAACAACUAAGGUGAUUCAGGCCUACCGAACAUUUGUGGGAAGAUAUUCCAAUUUUAUAACCCCCAAGAACGUUAAGUACAGUUUUGACGACUUAGAAAAUUUUUUACUGGAUCUCUUCCAGGGGUCUAAAAAAUCACUGCCCUACAGGAGAUUUUUUUUUGUGAUUUAAUGGUCAAGACUCAAACCUCAACUUAUUCUUCUAUCUUCAGUUCAAUGUCCUGGUAGAAUUCAAGGACAGUCCUGGUAGAAUUCAAGGACAGUACUUGUGAUCACAUCCAAGUGGUGGCCCAUGGCCGUUGCCAAGUUCAUUAACUGGGCGGCAAGUUGACCCACAUAGCCUUAAAUGUUGUAGGACUACUUGGAGAUAACAUGUUGGACGGAGUCUAGCCUGGUUGUGUUGAAGGGGCUGAAAAGAAAAGCCCUUGUUCUCAACUAUGGAUAUUGUUGUUAAAUUUUAAUUUGCAACAUAAGACUCCUAAAAUUUUAUAUGUAUAAUAAUAGUAUUUUAUUAAGAUUUUUAUAUAUAAAUUUAUUAAUAUAUAUUAUUUUUUAAA